CCGCCCCGCCCGGCGCGCGGCCGUCACGUGACCCGGCGGCGGCCGGCGCGGCGGACGCUGCAGGCCCAAGAUGGCGGCGGAGCUGGUGGAGGCGAAGAACAUGGUGAUGAGUUUCCGAGUCUCAGAUCUUCAGAUGUUGCUGGGUUUUGUUGGCAGGAGUAAAAGCGGACUAAAACACGAGCUAGUGACCCGAGCUUUGCAGCUGGUCCAGUUCGACUGCAGCCCCGAGGUGUUCAAGAAGAUCAAGGAGCUCUACGAGACUCGCUACAACAAGAAGGGCUCGGAGGUGGCUGCGCCGCCGGCGCCGCACCGCGCCGAGGCCCUGGCCCUGCACUCGUCCUACGAGCGCGGCGGCGCCGUGCCCCGGCCCCUGCCCGCCGCCAGCAUCGACUACCCUGCCCUCUAUGGCAAAUACCUGAACGGACUGGGCAGGCUGCCCCCCAAAGUGGCCAAGCCCGAGGUUCGCUUGGUCAAGUUGCCCUUUUACACUACGCUGGACGAGCUGCUGAAGCCCACAGAGUUAGUUCCACAGAAUAAUGAGAAGCUUCAGGAAAGUCCGUGCAUUUUUGCAUUAACACCGAGACAAGUGGAGCUGAUCAGAAAUUCCAGGGAGUUGCAACCUGGUGUGAAAUCGGUUCAGGUGGUGCUCAGAAUCUGCUACACAGACACCAGUUCCCCUCAGGAGGAUCAGUACCCUCCCAACAUCGCCGUCAAGGUGAACCACAGCUACUGCUCCGUGCCGGGCUACUACCCCUCCAACAAACCCGGGGUGGAACCCAAGAGGCCCUGCAGGCCCAUCAACCUCACCCACCUCAUGUACCUGUCGGCGGCCACCAACCGUAUCACGGUCACCUGGGGCAACUACGGCAAGAGCUACUCGGUGGGGCUGUACCUGGUGCGGCAGAUGACCUCGGCAGAGCUGCUGCAGAGGUUGAAAACCAUCGGCAUCAAGCACCCGGAGCUCUGCAAAGCACUGGUGAAAGAGAAGCUACGCCUGGACCCAGACAGUGAAAUCGCCACCACCGGGGUCCGAGUGUCCCUCAUCUGUCCGCUGGUGAAGAUGCGCCUGUCGGUGCCGUGCCGGGCCGAGACCUGUGCACACCUGCAGUGCUUUGAUGCCGUCUUCUACCUACAGAUGAAUGAGAAAAAGCCCACAUGGAUGUGCCCUGUGUGUGACAAACCUGCCCCCUACGACCAGCUCAUCAUUGAUGGGCUCCUCUCCAAGAUCCUGACAGAAUGUGAAGAUGCAGAUGAGAUCGAGUACCUGGUGGAUGGCUCCUGGUGCCCCAUCCGAGCCGAGAAGGAGCGGAGCUGCAGCCCUCAGUGUCCGAUCCUGGUUCUAGGUUCCUCGGAGGUGAACGGGCUCCUGGCCCCUCCCAACGGCACCGGCGAGAACGGCAAAGCCCCGGCAGAUGUUGUGGAUUUAACACUGGACAGCUCCUCCUCGGAGGAGGACGAGGAGGAGGAUGAGGAGGAGGAUGAUGACGAUGAGGGACCCCAGCCCAAACGACGCUGCUCUUACGAGAAAGGUUUAGUCUCUGCCUGCUGACUGCAGCCACAGCUCGGAAUUCCCAACGGACAGACUUGAAUACUCUGGUGCUUAUUAAACUGGAGGAGGGGGAGAACGUCCUCUCCCGCCUCAUCUCCCUCCCUCCCUCAUCUCCUGUGACUUUCCUAUUCCAAAUUACUCAUUAAAACGAGAGAAAAAAGAAAGAAAAAAAAAAAACAAAAAACAAAAAACGACACAAACAAAACAAAAAAACAAAACAAAACCAUUGAGCUGCUUCUUGGUUGGAAAACGACCCCACUCAGAGCCUGACCCUGAACUGGAGCCUGAAGUAAAGAAAGUGUCUUAAGCCAGGCAGGAUCCUCCCUCACCUGGAUCCCGGGAUCGGGGGAGCUCCCCUGCACACCUCCAGGACACCCACCCCUGCAUCUCCAAAGCCGUGUGCAGUUUGAUCCUCUUGUUAAUUAACCAUUCCUUAAUUAAUCUAAAGGUUUUGCUGGACGUGUGAGUCCGGGGCGGGGCGGGAGGGGGGAGCGGGGAGGGCUCUGGGCGGGGGUUGUAUGACCCAGAGAGGAUUUGGGGGGUUUGUAGGGGUGGGAGCGGGGGCAUGGGGUGCCGGGGGGAGAUGUCCGCUUGGAAGUGGCACUGUUCUAGCUCGGAGCUCCAGCAGCUCUGCACCUCAUGUAAAGAGACACGUUUGGAAUUUUAACCUAAUCCCAAGGGAAGUGUAGAGAUUUGUGCAGUAGUGACUCGUUUUAGUUGAGCAGAAGCCAUGGGGGGGGGGCGGGUGGGAGGUUGGGGGGCUCGAACCACAGAUCUGUUGUAUUUUUGAAGUGCAAUAACUUUGGUGUUUUUGAAGACUGACAAGGGCUGCGCAUUCCCUUUUCGUUGAGGUUGGUUCUGGAGGCGGCGGCCGUGACCUGCAGGACACCCCCACACCCUGGGAUGGGGACAGUGACCUGCAGGCCACCCCCACACCUGGGCACACCUGGCACCACGAAGCAGGAGCAGGGCAAGGGGGUCCUUCCAGAAAUGCCGGGUGGGGGAAUCUCAGUUUUUAGCCAACUACCUCGGUAACUCCAAUUCAGGUUUCUUUGAGUCCCGAGCCCGUCCCGGGCGGGUGCGAGGGUGGGUCCGGGCGCUGCCGCCGCUCCGGCCCCUCCACUUCUCUGUCCCAGCCUUUGGCCCCGGAGCCAAAGCUCCUCCUGUGCUCUUUGGUGGCAAAACGUUGUUGCUUUUGAGUUUGCGAAGCGUCACCUUUUUGACUUUGUCUUGGAGAGUUUCUGUCCCGGCUCUGCUGUUCCCACUGGCUGCUCCCGGCUCUGGUUUGCUCUGGACCUCGCUGGCUUUUCCCCCGCAGCUCAGGACAGCCCGGCGGGGCUGGCCCUGCCCCUGGGCUGGCCGAGGAGCAGGGGGUGUCCCUGGGCCCGGUGCUGGCCUCAGACCCCCGAGGGGCUUGGUGCUGCUGGGCACUGCCAGACCCCAAACCCUCCAUCCCCCUUAUCCCUGCUCUGGGCACCCCAAACCCUCCAUCCCUCACCCCAGCAGCCCGGGGGGCUCAGAGAGGGGGUGUUGGUGCCUUUCCCAGCACUUCCCCCUCACUCCAGAAAAUUCCAGACGUGGCCAAUCCCAGCUGGAGGGAAAAGCCCCCGAGGUCCAGCCGGAGCUGCCCUAAAUCCUCGCUGGCCACCUGCCCAAAAGCAAAGACCCCUCCCCACAGUGAGGAGGGGUCCCUGCCAGCCUGGGGGCUCCUCCCAAGCCCCCAUCUCCCACAUGGGGUGGGGGUCCCUGUGGGAGGGGGAUUCUCCCUGCCUGCCUGGUUUGUCUGCAGGCCUGGAAUGUGCAGGGGGUGGGGAUGAGACCCCCCCCCAUUUCCCCAGGUCUGGCAGGGGGGACCCGGAGCAGCUCCUGGUCCCUCUCCCACAGGGACACCCACACCCCUGGCCCCAGGCUUUGCUUUUCCUUCUCUUCCUGGCUGCAAGCAAUAUGUUUUCAGGUUGAAACGGGGUAGGGGUGGGAAAGGGGGAUGAAAACAACUGAUAAAAACCCGGGUAGAGCUCCCAAAUUAAUUUUACUGUACAAAGUUCUGUGCUUGCGGCCCUGGCUGCACAGUAGCUUUAGAGUCCAGUUGUUUUCCUAAUAUUUUUAUGCUAAUUUAAUUGCUGUUAAAUUUUUCCAGGCCAAGCAACUGUUUGGAAACACCAUGCUUGUUUUAGUGCUUUCUGUUGGAGUUGGCCAGCUCUUCCUGUACAUAUGUUGGUUUUUUUUUCUUAUAUCCUGUUUUUUUUUCUUCUUUGUUUUAUAAAGAGAAAAGAAAAAAACAAAAAAACAAAAAAAAAGAAAAUUAUUUUUCUUUCCCUCAGUACACAUUCUUCAAAUUAUAGUGUUUGUUAAAUAAAAUGAAAGAUUUACAUUUAA